UGUACAUAUGUACGUAUGCUUUAGAAACGAAAAUGAAAUUAAUAGGAAGCAAGCAAUAAAGUUACGCGAAAACGGCAAAAGUGAAAAGCAACCCGCUCGUCUUCCUUCAUGCCCACCUGCCAACCAAACACCCCCAUGCCCUUUAUGCUUGCUUAUAUGUACAUUUGUUCGUUUGUCACACCGCUGAUCGCUCGGCUCUCGUCCCCAUCCAAAGUUUAGGUAGCCGGCCCGGCGACCUCUGCUGCGUAUCAUAACGUUGUAUCGUUGUUUGUUCGUGUGGAGCCCACAAGUCAAAAAACAAACAACUGGGCGAAGGCGGGGAGCGAAAGCGUCGUUGCUGUCGCAGCUGCUGUCACUGCCGUUGCUCUGCUACCAGUGCGAAUAAACGAGAAAUUGCGUUUUAUCGCUUGUGCUGAUGAAAUGUGUUUGUUUUUCGGAAAUUUUGCAGCAUUUAAAACUUAUCAAAAACGGAGUUUUAACAAAUUUAGUUAAAAUAUGAAAUGUUAUGAGUAAAAGUUCUGAUAUUUUUUAAAUCAAAAAUCAUAAAUUAAAUGUGAAAUGUACCUGCUAUUCGUGAAAAUAUAUUGAGAAAAUGUGGCGCGUCUUUACUGUAGUUUAUGUAUUUCUUGUUAUGAAAAAAACUUCGUGUUAUGAAAAUAUGGCUUAUUAAUAUUAUCUGAACUUUUUGGAAAAAAAUAUCAACAUAAUAAAACAAAUGCAGUACAAAUUUCGUAUGAAGAAAUUAUUAUCUUAUCGACAAAUACUAGUUACCUUUUCAACUUGAAACCAAUGGAAGUUUAACMAACAAUAUUGUUAAAARKKRAAAAAAAUAAAUAAAUUCAACAAAUUCGAAAAAAUCGACAACAAUUCACAAGUAAUUGGCUUAUUAUUUUAACUCCACUUGGAAUUGUACCUCAAUUACAGGAACAAUCGAUAAGAUUGUGUCGCUAUAUCUGAUAUAGGGAAAAUAAAGGCCUCAAACUGACACCGACACCGACAAAGAUGUCCACGGAGCGUGAGCUCGCUCCGGGAGGACCAGCACAGCUCCAUACUUUACCUGUCGCUUUUUCAGAUCUCGGAACUACACUACAAUUGAAUACCGCUGUUCGAAUUAUUGGCAAAGUGUAUGAAUCUCAAUGGACACCUUCGCCCCCGCGGCCUCAGAGCCCCACACAAUCGCAGACCAGUUUCGAAAACCUCACAUCGCCACCAGCUACCGGUUCAUCAGUGAAUCCCACCGCCGUGACCAGCCCGAGUGCGCAAAAUGUGGCCGUUGGAGGCGCAACUGUGGGUGGCGCUGGUGCCGCUGGUCUGGCUACACAAGCCUCCGCAGUCGCCUCGCCAUUGGGUGCGACAGCUGCCGCUUCGCCCACCACGCAACCUGAACUGCCAGUAUUCACGUGUCCGCGCAGACCAAACUUGGGACGUGAAGGUCGACCCAUAGUUUUACGCGCUAAUCACUUUCAGGUGUCUAUGCCGCGCGGUUAUGUACAUCACUACGAUAUCAAUAUACAGCCGGACAAGUGUCCGCGCAAAGUGAAUCGUGAAAUCAUAGAGACUAUGGUACAUGCAUACAGCAAAAUAUUCGGUGUUCUAAAGCCAGUAUUUGAUGGACGUAAUAAUUUAUAUACGCGUGACCCGCUUCCCAUCGGUAACGAUCGCUUAGAAUUGGAAGUAACACUACCAGGCGAAGGGAAAGAUCGUAUUUUCCGUGUGACAAUUAAAUGGAUGGCUCAAGUGUCGCUUUUUAAUUUAGAGGAAGCACUAGAGGGACGUACACGCCAAAUACCAUAUGAUGCAAUACUUGCAUUAGAUGUCGUCAUGCGGCAUUUGCCGAGUAUGACCUACACUCCUGUUGGUCGGAGCUUCUUUAGCUCGCCCGAUGGUUACUAUCAUCCCUUGGGUGGUGGCCGUGAAGUUUGGUUUGGUUUUCAUCAAAGUGUGCGUCCUUCCCAAUGGAAAAUGAUGUUAAAUAUUGAUGUUUCGGCAACGGCAUUUUAUAAGGCGCAGCCGGUAAUAGAUUUUAUGUGCGAGGUACUCGACAUACGAGAUAUUAACGAGCAAAGAAAACCGCUGACCGAUUCACAGCGCGUGAAAUUUACAAAAGAAAUCAAAGGUCUUAAGAUUGAAAUUACCCAUUGUGGUGCCAUGCGUCGCAAAUAUCGUGUAUGCAAUGUUACACGUCGUCCAGCACAAAUGCAAUCGUUCCCUCUUCAGCUAGAAAAUGGUCAAACUGUUGAGUGUACUGUAGCAAAGUACUUCUUGGAUAAGUAUCGUAUGAAAUUGCGUUAUCCACAUUUGCCAUGUCUUCAGGUAGGACAGGAACAUAAGCAUACAUAUUUACCCCUGGAAGUUUGUAAUAUUGUCGCCGGUCAACGUUGUAUAAAAAAACUCACCGAUAUGCAAACGUCGACAAUGAUUAAAGCUACAGCACGUUCGGCUCCCGAUCGUGAACGUGAAAUCAAUAAUUUAGUUAAGAGAGCCGACUUCAAUAACGAUUCAUAUGUUCAGGAAUUCGGUCUGACCAUUUCGAACUCUAUGAUGGAAGUACGUGGACGUGUGCUACCACCGCCAAAACUACAAUACGGCGGACGUGUAUCAAGUAUGACUGGACAGCAACUUUUCCCACCCCAAAACAAGGUCAGCUUGGCUUCACCCAAUCAGGGUGUCUGGGAUAUGCGCGGUAAACAAUUUUUCACCGGCGUGGAAAUUCGUGUUUGGGCUAUCGCCUGUUUUGCACCACAAAGAACCGUGCGUGAAGAUGCUUUGCGAAAUUUUACACAGCAAUUGCAGAAAAUUUCCAACGACGCUGGUAUGCCCAUAAUCGGACAGCCGUGCUUCUGCAAAUAYGCCACCGGACCAGAUCAGGUUGAGCCCAUGUUUAGAUAUUUGAAGAAUUCGUUCAAUGCUCUGCAGUUGGUGGUUGUUGUGCUACCUGGCAAAACACCUGUUUAUGCUGAGGUAAAACGCGUCGGCGACACAGUGUUGGGCAUGGCAACACAGUGUGUUCAGGCUAAGAAUGUUAAUAAGACAUCACCGCAAACUUUGUCAAAUCUUUGCCUCAAGAUUAAUGUGAAAUUGGGUGGCAUUAAUUCCAUAUUAGUACCGUCGAUUCGCCCGAAAGUUUUCAAUGAACCAGUUAUCUUCCUGGGCGCAGAUGUCACCCAUCCACCAGCCGGUGAUAAUAAGAAACCUUCGAUUGCCGCAGUUGUUGGCUCUAUGGAUGCGCAUCCAUCACGCUAUGCCGCUACAGUACGUGUGCAACAGCAUCGUCAGGAGAUUAUACAAGAACUCAGCAGCAUGGUGCGCGAAUUGUUGAUUAUGUUUUACAAAUCCACUGGCGGUUAUAAGCCCCAUCGCAUUAUUUUAUAUCGUGACGGUGUUUCGGAGGGUCAAUUCCCUCACGUAUUGCAACAUGAGUUAACCGCUAUACGCGAGGCKUGCAUUAAACUGGAAGCAGAAUAUCGCCCAGGCAUUACAUUUAUUGUGGUUCAAAAGCGGCAUCAUACGCGUCUCUUCUGCGCAGAGAAAAAAGAGCAGAGCGGCAAGUCUGGCAACAUACCGGCUGGCACAACAGUGGAUGUCGGUAUAACGCACCCGACCGAAUUCGAUUUUUAUCUUUGCAGUCAUCAAGGCAUACAAGGAACAAGUAGACCUUCACAUUAUCACGUAUUGUGGGAUGACAAUCAUUUUGAUUCCGAUGAACUCCAAUGUUUGACAUAUCAACUGUGUCACACUUAUGUCAGGUGUACACGCUCCGUGUCGAUACCAGCACCCGCCUACUAUGCUCAUUUAGUAGCUUUCAGAGCUAGAUACCAUCUAGUUGAGAAGGAACACGAUUCAGGCGAAGGAUCUCAUCAAAGCGGCUGCUCUGAAGACCGCACACCUGGCGCAAUGGCACGUGCUAUAACGGUGCAUGCCGACACGAAAAAGGUCAUGUACUUUGCUUAA